AUGAUAAAAAGCGAUCCCGUCUCUGCUAUCGUUGGACCGAAGGCAACUCAUGCAAAUUAUACGAGGAAAUACAUAUCACUAAGUCGGGACAACGGCCGGUUAAGUUUGGUUCUUAGGUUUUCAGAAAUCAGCCUUUUUUCUGGAAAAACUCUCAGUAAUUGCAGCAAUUUCAUAUUAGAUAUGACAGAGCACUUGUCACCGCGGACGACAAAAACAUCCAAUAUACCAUUCACAUCUACAAUCGUUUGCAGGACAAAACCCAUCCGUCAAGGUGAUUUCCAUGUGGUAACGCAGACCGAUGUGCUGGUUAGGAUAAGACGAGAGAUUAUAGUGGGCGAUAACUCUGGAACAGAUCAAAUGGCGAAGAGUAUGGAUCUUUUGCUGAGUUGUGUUUGUGUGGUGAGUAGUAAUAUGGAGAAAAGGUGGAGACUAUCGGGAACUCUAGAUGGCAGCAUUGGAGAUAUAACACAAACACCAGAGAAAGAUUGCAGUUAUUACACGAGUUAUUAUACGCACAAAUGGUUAAUGGCAUUCGGCGUUUUGCUCGAAAAUAGAUUUGCGAAUCCUUUAGGCUUAUCCAAUAGAUUGGUCGAAGAAGAGAUGACCCCAGCAAAAUGUCUCAAGAGAGCAAGAUUUCCUAUUUGGAAGGGAACGGACGUAGAUACACAAGUUUCGUCUGUCGGAGACGUCGAGGAUGAACUCGAUACACGGAGAAAUCAAUCUCGCGCGGUAACUACAAUACGAACCAAGUAUCCGCCAAAACUAUCCUUCCUGACCCGUCGACAGGCUUAA